CAUAAUGUUGUUAUUUUAUAUUAACACAUAGUUGUGAUUGUGUAUUCAUCAGUGAGGUUAUCUUAAUUAGUAAUUGCAAAGUCUGUUUGCUGACCAAGCUGAAAUAGUAGAAAUCCUGCGCUCGACUGCAGCACUUUUGCCAUGGAAUAUGAAUAGCUGUGAACUCCGUUUCUAUAAACUCACCUUUCACUCAAGUGACACUCGACUCAAUUUGCAAGUCUGUGGUAAUUAGAUCAAAGUGAGUAGCCUGGGGAAAUUAAACCACCACCAAGCAUGACCGUGGAGAAACCAGCCGCAGGUGUUCGCACCUUCGGCGGCCUGAACAUCCUAGGGCACCUGGCAAGUCUGGGGGCUCACCCCGCCGCCGUGGCUUACUCCAUGACCACCCUGGGAGCAGGCAUGAUGAACAGCAUAUUCAGCUUCUACUAUGUCAAGCUGUUCCUCAACAAGUACAAGAUAUCAGAAGGAGCUUUCCAUCAGUCACAAGUGGUGUACAUGGUGUGGAACGCAGUGAACGACCCUCUGUUCGGCUACCUGCAGGAUAACUCCCACGUACCGUGCUGCUCUCAACGUCGUCUCUCCAUUCUGUAUGGUGCUCCCUUCUAUGCAAUCGCCUUUCUGCUCGCCUGGUUUCCAUGGCGAGAGUACGCCCCCGGCGACUGGAUGAGCGGCGUCCACCUGAUGGUGGCGUUGUGUGCGUUCGACGGGAUGCUGACGUUUGUGUUGCUGGCGCAGUGCGCCCUCUUUGCAGAGAUAUCAGGCCACCACCAGAGCAGGUUGAGACUCAUUAAAUACAACCAGGUGGCGUCACUUAUAGGUUCCUCCAGUGUUCUAUUCUGCAGCCUCCACUCCCAGAACAUGGAUGACUUCCCAUCCUUCCAGGGCUUCACUGUCCUGGUGGCCGUUCUGGCUUGUGGCUGCAUGAUCUACACAGGCCUACACAGCGAGAGCCGCUUUGACACCAAAGGGUCAGCACAGAGGUCAAACUACCAAGGUUCUGGCCAAUCAACUCUUUCCUUCUCCUUGGUGACCUCUAUGACCUUGCAGAUCCUGACCAAUAGGGACUUCCAGCUCUUUGUGCUCAUGAACUUCUUUCAGGUCUUCAUGGUGGCAUUCUGUAAUAACUUCACUAUGAUCUUCGCCGAGCAUCUGAUACCCCCAAACGUGCUUCCGUCUCUGGCCAAGAGCUUCAUGUAUGGAGCUGGCUUCAUCUGUCCUCAGUUGGUUGUGCUGAGCAGUCAGAGCCUGCUCCACAGCCUAGGCUACUACAAGAUCAUCCUGCUCACCUUCUACGUGGAGGCUGGCAUGGCUGCCGUCAUGCUGGUGCUGGGGCCACAUCACUACUACAUCCUGGCAUUCUUCCUGACCGCUAACAUGGUCCUUGUCCAGGCAGCCUUCAGUCUGUUUAACCUGCCUCUGGCUGACAUUAUCGACUCAGACCUUCAGAGACACAAGCGCAGCUCCCCCCUCUCCUCCAUGGUGUUUGGGACCAAUGCUCUGUUCACUAAACCAGCCCAGUCUCUGGCUCCUAUGCUGGUGGUCUCCAUCCUAAACCAGUUUGGCUAUGAGAACCUGAAGGACGCUGGGAGGGAUGCAAACCCCAGUGACUUGGAGGCCCUCCACACCACCAUGUUCUACCUGGUGUGUGUGGUGCCCAUGUGUAUCGCCGCCCUGCAAGUCUUCGCCUGGAAGCCCUUCUCAAUACGCAGCAGUCACACCGUGGACACCAUGUAUAUUGACGGCUGAGUCACUCAAUUUAUGCUGUUUAUGAGUCACUGACUAUGCUGUCUUUUAAGACUUGAUAGGUUGCUGCAGCACUCCUAAAGGGAACAUGGGUGUGUAAUGGCCGGAGGGUACUGCAGAAGAAAACACUCCAUCUGUAUGUGUUUGUUAUGUUUGUCGGUGAACUUGUCUGGUGGUAAUGAAGGGAAUGGUACUGACCUUAACUCUGGUAGCAGGAGCACAGUACCUGAGUCUGCUAUUACUCUAUGCAAUAAUAUUAUGUUAGUUACUGUGGAAACUGUAUGACUUAACCAAGUUUGAGGGAUAUUGUAGCAUCAGAUUACUUUCACAUAGUUUAUUAGUUCUCAGACUUUGUUCUCCAAACAAAUUGAAUGUAAAACAGAUAUUUUCUUUGACAUUGUGUAUACUACAUACUGUUAUCAUGGGACCUGAACCAUUGUGAUGUUGUGCCUUUGUCUAAAUAGUUAAUACCAAACAAACAUGCUAUUACUUGUCAUUCAAAUGAUUUGCAUUCAUUUGUUGGGGAAUGUUUCCUACGUGUCCUUUUACACUGUUUCCAUUUAAAAACAAUACGCCUUCAAAUAACUUGCACUGUUAUUUACGUUGACUUUUCAAACUGAAACAUGGACAAAAAAAAUGUGGAUAUUCAAAUAGGUGAACUUCAGAUUCAGUAGAGGGACUUCUGUUUUUCUUUCUGAUUAAUUUGAAGUUUAUCAAUAAAUCGAGAUUGUUU